AACACUGUGACAAUCUAAACGCCGUGUAUGGUUUGACUGCUUGCAUGGAGUUAGAAAUUGUAAAGUUGUAAUCGUUGGUUUUGUAUUAGUUUAGCAUAUAUUCCAAUAGCAAAAUGGCCGCUGGUCCAAUUGCUGAACGUAACCAAGAUGCCACCAUUUAUGCCGGCGGGCUGGACGACAAAGUUUCGGAGACUUUGCUGUGGGAGCUGUUCGUCCAAGCCGGUCCAGUUGUCAACGUGCACAUGCCCAAGGAUCGUGUCACACAAAUGCAUCAGGGAUACGGAUUUGUUGAGUUCCUAAGUGAAGAGGACGCUGAUUAUGCGAUCAAAAUCAUGAACAUGAUCAAGCUGUAUGGCAAGCCUAUACGUGUUAACAAGGCGUCAGCACAUCAAAAGAAUCUCGACGUUGGCGCCAAUAUAUUCAUUGGUAAUCUGGACGUCGAGGUGGAUGAGAAGCUGCUCUACGAUACCUUCUCUGCAUUUGGAGUCAUCUUGCAAACGCCAAAGAUUAUGCGUGACCCAGAGACGGGCAAAUCCAAAGGGUUCGCCUUCAUUAACUUUGCCAGCUUCGAGGCUAGCGAUGCUGCCAUGGAUGCCAUGAACGGACAAUAUCUGUGCAAUCGCCCCAUCUCUGUUUCAUAUGCCUUCAAGAAGGAUCACAAAGGCGAACGCCACGGUUCGGCCGCUGAACGUUUGCUGGCCGCCCAGAAUCCUUCGGCGCAUGCGGAUCGACCACAUCAACUGUUCGCCGAUGCCCCCGUACAAAAUAUGAUGCCAGUCAUGCCUGGCCAGAUGAUGCCGCCACCAAUGAUGGCACCGCCGCCACCAGUGGUGCCCGUGUCGGCCACCAACAUGGGCAUGAUAGCACCGCCGCCGCCGGUGCCGCAGCCGACACCGUUCCCAGCUACCAUACCACCGCCACCACUGCCACCGAUGGGCGGUGGUCAGCCGCCACUACCUCCCUCCAUGGGCAUACCGCCGCCGCCACGCAUGCUCCAGCCUCCAAAUGCCUGGGCACCACCCGGCAUGCCAGCACCGCCGCCGCGUCCGCCGCCAACAAAUUGGCGUCCGCCACCCGUGCCCUUUCCACCGGCUCAGUUCUCUCGUCCCUAUCAACCCGAUGGCUACCAGUACUAG